UGUGAUAAAUUAUGAUCGCGAUCGAAACGCGUAACGGAUGAUGAUUCUAGUCUACUACUUUCGAGUUGAUUGAUGCGGUGCAGAACAAACAUGGUCGUUUCUUCUGUCUCACUUGACCAGAUCAUCACACCCUUGAUAAAGUUGUUUAAUAUCUAGUGCUGCAUAAGGCCCUGAAUAAUGUCUGCCGUGUGCUGCAGUGAUAUUGAUACCGAACAACCAACCACCCGAUUUGCUGACUGAGUGUUGUAUUUACUUCGAUUUUUGUUGAACAUGUCUACUUCAGCCAAAGUUUCUUUAGCUGCCUCUAUAGUGAUUGCAACAGGGAUCAUUACAGGUGUCCACUACAAGAAAAAGACGGAUCAAGCUAGUCUGCAUCAAGGUGUGGAGAGAGACUUGGAGAGGCAACGCAGAAAACGACAAAACCAGAUAGAACUAGAAGAGCAAAUUGCCCUGACUAAGAAACUGACUGAGCAGAGAGAUCGUGACAAACAAUCAGUGAACCACCCUUCGUGAUACAGAUAAAGAUUUAUUGACUGGACAUACCACGAGAGAAGAACCUUGUCAUCCAAAGAAAAAGAGGGUGAAAUCUAGUUUCUCCUCCAGAGAAAAAAUAUAAAACCAGAUAGAAUUAGAAGAACAAAUUGCCUGACUAAGAAAUUGACAGAGCAGAUCGAUCUUGACAAAGGACCAAUGAACCGUCCAACAUCGUGAUAUUGAUCAAGAUUUAUAAAGAAAUUGCUGCUCUUCAAGAGUACAUAGAAUAGUUUGGAUUUAAGAUGGUCUAAACACUCCUUGAAGCAUCAACAUGAUGGAGACAUUACUCAAAGCCCUAGUUUGGGCUGUGGUUUUUAGCAUACAAACACUUCUUAGCAUCACAGUUUGGGGUGUGGUCAGCAUCGUACAAAUACUCAUCACAACCCUAGGUGCAGUUGUCGUCAGCAUCAUACAAAGAAUCCUGAACAGAUGAAUUUACAUUACAGGAUUUGAAAAUAUCAGCUCUUGAUGUUAUUUGUAAUCUGAGCUCAAUUUCAUAGAGCUGCUUAAACGCAAAAGAAAUGUUUUAUCACAACAAAAAUAUUGCUUACCAGAAAAGGAAACCAGCUAAAACAUGUAGUGUCAGUGACUGGUAUCUUGCUUAAUUUUGCUAAGCAGAAAUGUUGUAAGCAAUAUUUUCAGCUCUUUAUAAUUGGGCCUAGAUUAUAUGAAUUAUUGUUUAAAGACACUGGACACUAUUAGUAGUUGUCAAAGACCAGUCUUCUCACUUGGUGUAUCUCAAC